AUGUCGCACCUUCGGCUCAUCCCGCGCCCCUCCCCCACGGCCCUUCGGAUAUGCCCGACGCCAAAGGGUGACCCGACGGCGGGCGCGGUGCGGCACCUCUCCUCCUCCUCGUCGGCCCCGCCGAGGGAGAUGGAGCUCACCCUGGCGCUCCUCAAGCCCUCGCUCUGCAGCUACCAGCCCGACGUGAGCGCGGUGCUCAAGGAGAUCAAGCAGUCCGGCCUGCAGAUGGUGCGGUCCAAGCGCCUCUUUUGGAAGGCCGACGACGCGCACCGCUUCUACGCCGAGCACCGCGGGCGCUUCUACUACGAUCGCCUCGUCGUGGGUAUGACGAGCGGUCCCUCGAUGGCGCUCGCGCUGGCCGGGCCGGAUGCCAUCAGGACGUGGAGGGCCAUGUUGGGCCCCACAAAGGCCUACCGCGCGAAGUGGGAGCAGCCCCACACCUUGCGUGCCCGCUACGGCCUCGGCGAUACCCGAAACGGCUUCCACGGCUCAGAUUCGCCCGAGUCUGCCAAGCGCGAACUCGCCCAGGUCUUCCAAGGUUGGGACGUCGACUGGUGGCUUGCACGAGAAACGGGCCGCCUGCCCGUAGACGGCGAUGGCAAGGCUGGGCCCUUGCCCUUCUGA